ACAACCAGGUGUCCACUGGGGACACCAGGAUCUUCUUUGUGAACCCCGCGCCUCCAUACCUGUGGCCAGCCCACAAGAACGAGCUGAUGCUCAACUCCAGCCUGAUGCGGAUCACUCUGAGGAACCUGGAGGAGGUGGAGCACUGCGUGGAAGAUAAACCGGGGACCCACUUCACACCAGCCCCCCGACCUCUGGAUGCGUGCCGGGGGAUGCUGUGUGGUUUUGGUGCCGUGUGCGAGCCGAAUGCCGAGGGCCCUGGCCGAGCCGCCUGUGUGUGCAAGAAGGGCGCCUGCCCCAGCGUGGUGGCACCUGUGUGCGGCUCGGAUGCCUCCACCUACAGCAAUGAGUGUGAGCUGCAGCGUGCGCAGUGCAGCCAGCAGCGCCGCAUCCGCCUGCUCAACCGAGGCGCCUGCGGGUCCCGGGACCCUUGCUCCAACGUGACCUGUAGCUUCGGCAGCACCUGCACCCGCUCUGCUGAUGGGCAGACAGCCGUGUGUCUGUGCCCUACCUCCUGCCCAGGGGCCUCUGAGGGCACAGUCUGCGGUAGUGAUGGCGCUGACUACCCCAGCCAGUGCCAGCUGUUGCGCAGGGCCUGCGCCCGCCAGGAAAACCUCUUUAAGAAGUUCGAUGGCCCUUGUGAUCCCUGCCAGGGUACCUCCGAUGACCCGAACCGCUUGUGCCGGGUGAACCCUCGCACACGGCGGCCCGAGAUGCUCCUGCGGCCCGAGAGCUGUCCCCCGAGGCGGGCACCUGUGUGUGGUGACGACGGCGUCACCUAUGACAACGACUGCGUGAUGGGCCGCACCGGGGCCGCCCGGGGCAUCCUCCUUCAGAAAGUUCGCUCUGGCCAAUGUCAUCCACAAGACCAGUGCCUGGAGCCCUGCCGCUUCCAUGCCGUGUGCCUGUCCCGCCGCGGCCGCGCCCACUGCUCGUGUGACCGUGCCACCUGUGACGGCGCCUACAAGCCUGUUUGUGCCCAGGACGGGCGCACGUUCGAUAGCGAGUGCCAACUCCACCACGCAGAGUGCCAGCAGCAGCGUGCCAUCCCUGUGAGGCAUCGGGGCCCGUGUGGCCAGCCCCCAUCCCCUUGCCAAGGGGUUCAGUGCCCGUUUGGGGCGACGUGCGCCGUGAAGAAUGGCGAGGCUGCGUGUGAGUGUCCACAGGCGUGCCCAGGCACCUAUGACCCUGUAUGUGGCAGCGAUGGCGUCACGUAUGGCAGUGCAUGUGAGCUGGUGGCGACGGCCUGUGCCCUCGGCCGGGAGACGCACGUGGCGCGGAAAGGACCCUGUGACCGCUGUGGGCAGUGCCGCUUUGGGGCCCUGUGUGAGGCCGAAACGGGGCGCUGCGUGUGUCCCUCUGAGUGUGUGGCCUCAGCCCAGCCCGUGUGCGGCUCCGACGGGCGCACCUACACCAGUGAGUGUGAGCUGCACGUGGCCGCCUGCACGCAUCAAAUCAGCCUUCACGUGGCCUCAACCGGACACUGCCACACCUGUGGGGACGCGGUGUGUGCCUUCGGGGCUGUGUGCUCAGCGGGGCAGUGUGUGUGUCCACGGUGUGAGCGCCCCCCACCUGGCCCUGUGUGUGGCAGUGAUGGGGUCACCUACCCCAGCACGUGCGAACUCCGCCAGGCGUCCUGCCAGCAGCAGAAGCACAUCGAGGAGACCCGCCCGGGGCCCUGCGAGCUGGCGGAGUGCGGUUCCGGGGGCUCCGGCUCCGGGGAAGACGGCGAGUGUGAGCCUGACCUGUGCCGGCAGCGAGGUGGCAUCUGGGACGAGGACUCAGAGGAUGGGCCGUGUGUCUGUGACUUCAGCUGCCAGAGUGUCCUUCGGAGCCCGGUCUGUGGCUCUGACGGGGUCACUUACGGCACGGAGUGUGAGCUGAAGAAGGCCAGGUGUGAGUCCCAGCGAGAAUUGUACGUGGCCACUCAGGGAGCCUGCCGGGGGCCUACUGCAGCCCCGCUGCCCCCCCUGGCCGCCCCCCACUGCAUCCAGACCCCCUAUGGCUGCUGCCAGGACAACAUCACCGCUGCUCAGGGUGUGGGCCUGGCUGGCUGCCCCAGCGUGUGCCAAUGUAACCCGCACGGCGCCUACGGGGGCUCCUGCGACCCAGCCUCCGGCCAGUGCUCCUGCCGCCCCGGCGUCGGGGGCACCAAGUGCGACCGCUGUGAGCCGGGCUUCUGGAACUUCCGUGGCAUUGUCACCGAUGGCCGGAGUGGCUGCACCCCCUGCAGCUGUGACUCCCGAGGCGCCGUGCGGGACGACUGUGAGCAGAUGAGCGGGCUGUGCUCCUGUAAGCCUGGGGUAGCAGGUCCCAAGUGCGGGCAGUGUCCAGACGGCCGGGCGCUGGGCCCCACCGGCUGUGAAGCAGGCUCCGCGGCCCCUGUGACCUGUGCAGAGAUGCACUGCGAGUUCGGUGCCUCGUGUGUGGAGGAAGCUGGCUCCGCCCACUGUAUGUGCCCGACACCCACAUGCUCAGAGGCCAAUGCAACCAAGGUCUGCGGGUCUGACGGCAUCACGUACGGCGACGAGUGCCAGCUGAGGACCAUUGCCUGCCGUCAGGGCCUGGACAUCUUCGUCCAAAGUCUGGGGCCCUGCCAGGAUUCCGUGCCUCCGAGCGCCCACCCGACACCUGCAGCCACCGCCGGGUCUGCCACUCACGGGGCACUACCGGCUCCCCCCAGCGUCCUCCCCCUGGUCCCUAGCAGCAGCCCCCGCAGCUGGACCACCCCACGAUCCUCAUUGCAGCCGUGGACCACCGCCAGCAUGCCCAGGACCACAGGGCGGCCAGCGCUGACCGUACCGCCCACAGCACCGCCCCUGUUGCCCAGCCUGGCCACGGGGGCCUUCAGCGAAUCAGGCAGCGCUGAUGGCGGGAGUGGGGACGAGGACCUGAGUGGAGACCUGGAAGCCAGUGGCGCGGGCUCUGGAGGACUGGAGCUCCCUGAGGACCCCGGCGCUGUGGCCCCGGGGCCUAUCGAGCGGGCUUCCUGUUAUAACUCACCUCUGGGCUGCUGCUCAGAUGGUACCACGGCCUUGCUGGACCCAGAGGGCUCCAACUGCCCGGCCACCAGGGCCUUCCAGGGUGUCCUGGAGCUCGAGGGGGUUGAGGGGCAGGAGCUGUUCUACACGCCUGAGAUGGCCGACCCCAAGUCGGAGCUGUUUGGGGAGACUGCGCGUAGCAUCGAGAGUGCGCUGGAUGACCUCUUCCGCAAUUCCGAUGUCAAGAAGGACUUCCGGAGCGUGCGCCUGAGGGACCUGGGGCCAGGCAGCUCGGUCCGCGCCAUCGUGGAGGCCCACUUUGACCCCACCACAGCCUUCAGGGCGUCCGAUGUGGGCCGAGCCCUGCUGGGCCAGAUCCAGGCCUCUCGGCGCAGGGCCCUAGUGGUGAAGCGUCCUGUGCAGGAGCACGUGCGCUUCAUGGACUUCGACUGGGUUCCUGAGAUCUUCACUCCGGGAGCCACCACUGCCAUGGCCGGAGCCACCACCGCUGCCCGCCUGCCCUCUGCCUCUGUGACCUCCCGGGCCCCCUAUCCGACUCACACCAGCCGUCUGCCCAGCAGAACCACAGCCCUCCCCACCACUCGUCGGCCCCCUACGACUGCCCCCAACCGUGUGCCAGGACGCCGGCCCCUGCUCCCGGGUACCCUGAAGCCACACCGGCCCUGUGACUCGCAGCCCUGCCUUCACGGCGGGACCUGCCAAGACCGGGAUGCGGGCCAGACCUUCAGCUGCAGCUGCCCUGUAGGCAGGGGGGGCGCCGUCUGUGAGACGGCACUACGCCCCAUGGUGCCAGCCUUUGGGGGCCGCUCCUUCCUGGCCUUCCCCACACUGCGUGCCUACCACACACUGCGCCUGGCACUGGAGUUCCGGGCACUGGAGCCUCAGGGGCUGCUGGUGUACAAUGGCAAUGCCCGUGGCAAGGACUUCCUGGCCCUGGCUCUGCUGAGGGGCCAUGUGCAGCUCAGGUUUGACACUGGCUCUGGGCCCGCUGUGCUGACCAGCUCAGUGCCCAUUGAGCUGGGGCGCUGGCACCGCCUGGAGCUGUCUCGACACUGGCGCCAGGGCACGCUCUCUGUGGAUGGCGAGACCCCCGUGCUUGGUGAAAGUCCCAGUGGCACCGAUGGCCUCAACCUGGACACUGACCUCUUUGUGGGCGGCGUCCCUGAGGACCAGGCCACUGUGGUGCUGGACCGGACCUCGGUCGGCGUGGGCCUGCGGGGCUGUGUCCGCCUCCUAGACAUCAACAACCAGCAGCUAGAGCUCAUGGGCCCGGGGGCUGCAGUCCGCAGCGUCGGCGUGGACGAGUGUGGAGGAGACCCCUGUGUGCCCAAUCCCUGCCACGGGGGUGUCCCGUGCCAGGCCCUGGAGGCUGACAUGUUCCUCUGCCAGUGCCCACCCAGCCGCUUUGGCCUGACCUGCGCUGAUGAAAAAAGCCCCUGCCUACCCAACCCCUGCCACGGGGCGGCCCCCUGCCGAGUGCUGCCUGAGGGCGGGGUUAAGUGUGAAUGCCCCCUGGGACGUGGUGGUGCCCUCUGUCAGACAGUGUCGUCGGCGUGGGAUGACGCCCGGCCCUUCCUGGCAGACUUCAACGGCUUCUCCUACCUAGAGCUGAGAGGCCUUCACACCUUUGAGCGGGACCUGGGGGAGAAGAUGGCGCUAGAGGUGGUCUUCCUGGCCCGGGGCCCCAAUGGCCUGCUUCUGUACAACGGGCAGAAGACGGACGGCCGCGGGGACUUUGUGUCGCUGGCCCUGCAUGGCCGCCACCUGGAGUUCCGAUAUGAUCUGGGCAAGGGAGCGGCGGUCAUCAGGAGCAAGGAGCCCGUGGCCCUGGGGACCUGGACCCGGGUCUCGCUGGAGCGCAGCGGCCGCAAGGGUGCCCUGCGUGUGGGCGAUGGGCCGCGAGUGCUGGGGGAGUCCCCGAAAUCCCGCAAGGUGCCGCACACAGUCCUCAACCUGAAGGAGUCGCUCUAUGUUGGGGGAGCCCCUGACUUCAGCAAGCUCGCCCGGGCUGCCGCUGUGUCCGCUGGCUUUGACGGCACCAUCCAGAUGGUCUCCCUGAAAGGCCACCAGCUGCUGACCAAGGAGAACCUGCUGCGAGUGGUGGAUGUCACGUCCUUUGAUGACCACCCCUGCACCCAGCCCUCAGGCCACCCUUGCCUCAAUGGAGCCUCCUGCCUCCCACGGGAGGCAGCCUAUGAGUGCCUGUGCCCUGGGGGCUUCUCAGGGCCACACUGCGAGAAGGGCCUGAUUGAGAAGUCCGCGGGGGACCUGGAUGCGCUGGCCUUUGACGGGCGGACCUACAUCGAGUACCUCAACGCUGUGACGGAGAGCGAGAAGGCACUGCAGAGCAACCACUUUGAGCUGAGCCUGCGCACUGAGGCCACGCAGGGGCUGGUGCUGUGGAGCGGCAAGACCACGGAGCGGGCGGACUUCCUGGCACUGGCCAUCGUGGACGGGCACCUGCAGAUGACCUAUGACCUGGGGUCGCAACCUGUGGUGCUCCGCUCCACUGUGCCCGUCAACACCAGCCGCUGGCUGCGGGUGAAGGCGCACAGGGCACAAAGGGAAGGUUCCCUUCAGGUGGGCAACGAGGCUCCUGUGACCGGUUCCUCCCCGCUGGGCGCCUCACAGCUAGACACCGGCGGAGCGCUGUGGCUGGGAGGCCUGGACAAGCUGCCCCCGGGCCAGGGGCUCCCCAAGGCCUAUAGCACCGGCUUCGUGGGGUGCCUGCGGGACGUGGUGGUGGGCCAGCGCCCGCUGCACCUGUUGGAGGAUGCCGUCAGCAAGCCCCGGCUGCAGCCAUGCUCUGCCCCCUGAGCCGGCUGGGCCAGCCACCCCCUCCGCCGCCGCCACUGCCGCUACCGCCCACCUGCUGUAAUUAUUUUCUAUUUUUGUAAACUCGUUGCUUUUUGAUAUGAUUUCCUUGCCUGUGUGCUGGCCGGAGGGACUGCUGGCCCGGCCUCCCUUCCGCCAGGCAGCCACGCUGCCAAUAAAACACAAAGCCAGGACUUGGGGGUCAGCAGUGGCGGGGCGAAGGGGGAGCGGGCUCUGCCGGACACCACGGACACCUGGGCCCCUGCCGACUAUCCCUGUGUGUGUGUGUGUGUCAUGUUUCUCUUGUGUCUCCUGUGUUGGACCCUGUUCUUCAGGCCCUUUGGCAGGCUGCUAUAUGUCACAUCUGCCCUCUGGUGGGGACUUGGGUCCCCAGAGCUGAUGGGUCUCAUGUCUUGCCAGGAAGGUGCUGGGGCUCCCGUGUGGCCCUUACCCCCAGCCCCUCAGGGUCCUUCUCUGAGCUGAUCCCCCUCCAGAGGUGCAUUGUGGACUGUGGGCUUGCCUUGCCCGGUGCCCAAUACUGUGACUUAUUUACAUUGUUACUGUCAGGGACACACACUUUGCCCUUCAGGCACGGUGGCUAUCUGUCCCAGGGAGGAGAAGCCUCGCUCUUCUGCCCCAGGCCACUGAGGCCCCCCAGAAGGGAGUGGGGCCGGGGCUGUCAUUGUCCACCCCGACCUGCCUGCCCGGACCAACUGCUUCCCCUUUUCUGAUGGACCAGGGGUCUGGGCUCAGCUCCUGGCUCCUGAGUGCUCUGUUUGAUGUUAUUUAACUUGGGGAGUGGGAGCUGGGACAGCCCAGCCUGGCCAAGGGCUGUGGACACCAUGGCUGCUAUGUGAGGGCUGGUGUCCUUGGGGCCCAGGCCCUGGUGGCGGUGGGAGGCAGUGGCGAUCGUAGAGCCAGAACUGCCUUAAACUGCAGCUUUGUGUCCCUCCUGACCCUCUACCCCGGGUCUGCCCUCCUGGUGGAGGGCUGCAGGCUUGGCCCCGAGCUGCCUGGUAUCGUGUUACUAACCAUGUCAGCAGUCACCGUGAAAUAAAGUCUCGCCACUUCACAAGGUGUGCUCAUGGCCCUUCCCUGGUCCUGCAGGGGCCGAGGAGCCUCUCCUUUUGGCCAGGCAGGUCAAAUGUCACACCAACUGGGACUCUGCUGGGCUGAGGGGCUGAGAGGGGCUCGGGGGUCAGGUCCAUGGACUGGGCACUCCUUGACUCUCUCUCACAAGCCUGGGGCCUACCCUCGUGUGUGUGUGUGUGUGUGUGUGUGUGUGUGUGUGUGUGUGUGUGUGUAUGAAUGAAUAUCAGCCCACAUCUGUGUCUGUGAGAGCAGUCUGGUGGGGUGGGGUGGGGUCUGAGUGGCUGCUGGGUUGCUGCCCAGAGAGGGACCCCUUUGUGUCCUGGGUUAUUAGAGCCAGUUUUCUGUCCUGCCUCUCCCCAGACAGUUGAGCUGGGAGCCCAGCUGCCACCCGAGCAGAUGGGAGCCACAAGGGGGUGAGGGGGGAAGGCUUGGAGCUGAGGUGGGUGGCCCCAAGGCCCCCUUCCAGAUGACCUGCCCUCUCCAACUUCUGUUUUUCAUUAAAGAAAACAAAAUGUU